AUGGCAGACAAACAUUCAGCCGGCAUGGUAAAAUCAACUUUUGCUGGUGGGAUGUAUGGUGUCCCCCACUGUACAUGCCAUCAAGCCUCCAUAACCCAUCCCAAGAGUUGUGAUGACAUCUUCCGAGUGCACAUGGUUGAUGGUCUACAGGACCUUCAAUCUCGACCUCUUUCGAAACAGCCACCACGCACUUCAAGGGUUCUUAUCAGAACUUGUCCACCACCACCUGGUCGAUCCACUCGGUCGAGCUGUCCUCCAGACGCAGGAGAGAACCCCGGGAUCUGGUCUUCGAGGGUCUUCGGUCUUGGCAGACUGGCCGUCGACUCCAUCUGGAUCAUGUGA